AUGACACCAUUAGAUAAAUCUUUAGACGAAAUUAUUGCUUCAAGGCCUUCGGGGCGUAUACGAAGAAUCCCGAAACGUAUGCGUAGAAUUAGAACUCGUUUAGGAACUAGAAAAAUUACACAAAUUGUAAGCGCAACAACAGCUGCAGCGGCAAUACAGGCAGUGAUGGAGGAGGGAAGCAAGAUUAUUGUUAGCAAUUUGGUGAGUUUUUUUAGGAUUGUAAGUCUUAAAAAGUGGUAUGAAAUCAUCAAAGCAAAGACUCUAGAAGAAGCGGGACUAUCGCCCUCCUUUGGACGUCGUAGCGUUUCUCUGUUCAACGCUUUUUUCCUUUCAUAUUCCUUGAUAUUCAUUUACCAACCACUAUCUCGUGCUUCAAAGGAUCUUUUUUCUAAAUCUAUUGGACCCACGCGUAGAUGUUUCCUAAGUUAUGGGCCGAAUGGCCAAUCGAAAGGCAUUGCUACUGUAAUUUUUCAAAGAAAAGCAGAUGCUAGUCGAGCGUAUGAACUAUAUGAAGGAAGAUUAAUCGACGGUAUACGAAGAAUGAAGAUUGAAAUCGUCCUUGACCCUGGUAAAUCCAUGGCCAGUUCUUCUCUUUCGCAACGCAUUGGACCAGGAAUAUCUCGAGGACGAAGACUUAAAAAGCCGGGAAAAGGGACGGGUCGUUUUAAGAGAGUUCCCAGACCUAAGAAAACUCUAGAAGAAUUAGAUGCAGAAAUGAUUGAUUAUUUUGGGAGUGCUAACCAAGAAAUUAUUACUUAG